AUGGCCUCUAGCAUAUACUGGACCCGUGCCAACAUCAACUCUUCUCAUCAGAAUUGCGGCAUACUUUGUUUCGGGAAAAAGCUGGCCCCACGAUUCUCAUCAUCUUUGAAUUGGUCCAUAGUGAAAAAUAGAGCAGCAAUUGGGACAUUUGGGAACCCCAUUGCUCGCAGCUUUUCUUCGCCCACCGCGGGCCGAGCGAAGAAGCAAAAACUUGAUCGGGAUGUCAUUGUAUCCGUUCUAGAGUCAUCCGCCACGAGGCGAGAUGCCAAAGGCUAUCUUCAAAAAUAUGCUCUACUACCAAAGCCCACCUCUACAGCUGGAGCAUCGAAGCAAGUUGAGCAUCAGCACAAACCUCUCUCAAAACAGCUUCAGGUCCAACGGCCCUUUGAUGUAGCCAUUGUGGUCCUGCGGAACCCGCAGAAACUACAGCCAGACACAAUAAACGGAAUAGCCAAGACCCUAACCCAGCUUCGGGUUCUUGGCCUUUUGAGCGUCGUCGUUGUGGAUUGUGAUGUAGGAGAGAGUCGUUCCACCUUUCAAAACGAGGCUUUGAGGCUCUGUGAGGCCGUCGAUUCGUUUGGUAAACCAGGCGCCAGACUGGUUGAACAAGUACUUGUCGGUACAUCCCAUUAUCAUGGGGCUUCGCCCUCUCCUUUUUGGGAUGAUAUAUAUGUUCACGAUUAUGGUAUCCUCAAUCGGGCACUUCAACACAACAUGAUCACGGUGAUUCCAUCUCUUGCGCGGAACGAUGAGAUUACUUCCCCCGCGCCUGCUGAUGCUCAAAGAACUUCCCUUGCACUGACGAGAUACUUUACGGGAAUCCAGUUCGAGCAAGAUCGCGAUCACAGUCAGAAUGGGAGUCUUGGGCAGGGCGCUGAACCGCUUGCUUCUGUCGAGAGAGUCAUUAUCCUGGAUGCAUUCGGAGGUACUCCUGUGCCUGGUCGUCCCGGCGUCUGUCAGCGAUUUGUUAAUCUCGAGCAAGAAUAUGACACGCUCCAGAGUUAUCUGAAGGGUGAUGAAAGAUCAUCAAAACCGGAAAACAGUCUAUCCGAGGAGGCAAAUAGAUCCCAUGCCAAAAACAUCAAGUUAGCAAGGGAUACCCUCUCUCUUUUACCAGAAACAGCUUCCGUUCUCAUAACUACCCCCUUCGCUGCGGCCAACACAUCAUCUACCUCUUCGUCUCCGGGGCUUUCCCCAAUACGAAACGGCGAGUAUCAAUUUGGGUUUGAUGGGAUGGUCACGACUCGCAGAAAACAAAAUCCCCUGCUUCACAAUCUCCUCACUGACAAGCCGGUGUUCUCCCCGUCGUUGCCCCUCCAGCGCAUUCACUCUCCGGAUUCGGCAUAUUUGAACACGACAGAGUCGAAUGAUGCAACUCUUGUCAAACGAGGCAUGCCACUAGCCAUCUACCCCGAUCCAAGAAGGGCGCCAUGGAGUCCUCCGGCUCCUGGGGAGCGACGUCUGCAGCUGUCAGACAAGGAGAUCGAUUUGAAGCGACUUGUCACUCUGAUUGAGGAUUCUUUCGGCCGCAAGCUGGACGUGGAUGAUUACCUGCGGCGUACGAAAGAAAACCUGGCCGGGGUCAUCAUUGCGGGAGAAUACGAAGGAUGUGCCAUUUUGACCUGGGAGAAACCCAAUGACAUUGACCCUCAAGCAGCCUAUGAGCAGGGGCGCUUCGUUCCAUAUCUCGACAAAUUCGCCGUCCUCCGGAGCCGUCAAGGCAGUGGGGGGGUUGCCGACAUCAUAUUCAACGCCAUGGUCCGAGACUGUUUCCCUGACGGCGUGCUUUGGAGGAGCAGAAAGGAUAACCCCGUCAAUAAAUGGUAUUUUGAGCGGUCGGUAGGGACCACAGAGGAUAAUGUAACCGCGCAUUUUAUGUUGUCGCGACUAUAUGGCCCUCGCCUCAUGAUGAAGAGGAAACUCAGCGCAUUCCUGGGAGACACAGCUUUAAACACCACCAUGUCGACAAACAGAUCGGUCCAGCUCACCCAGCGGGAGCAGCAGCUCCGGUUUCUCCUCGUAAAUGUCGCCAAAUUCAUCGAUACGACGGUGAAGCUCGGCCAGCCGCUGGUAUUGCGUUGGGCAGGAGGUUGGGUGCGGGAUAGGCUUUUGGGAACAGAGAGCCACGACAUUGACGUGGCAAUUAAUGCCAUGACCGGACAGCAAUUUGCACAGCAUCUUUCAGAGUAUUGCCAGCAACCUGACGCCGCUCAGACUCAUGGAUUUGCUCCCGGAGAUAUCGGUAGGCUUCAUCACAUCGCAAGCAAUCCAGACAAGUCCAAGCAUCUUGAGACUGCCAUGAUCAAGUUGUUUGGUAUGGACUUGGAUUUCGUCAAUCUUCGCAAAGAGACAUAUGCCGAAGAUAGUCGCAAUCCUCAGAUGGAGUUUGGAACUGCAGAGGAAGAUGCUCUGCGUCGUGACGCCACUAUAAAUGCCCUAUUUUAUAACUUGCACACGGAGCAGAUUGAGGAUUUUACUGGCGGAAUCCGUGAUAUGGAUGCCAAGACAAUUCGAACCCCCUUGGAGCCUUUCCAGACGUUUAUGGACGACCCUCUUAGAGUACUGCGCCUAAUUCGGUUCGCUUCUCGGUUAGGUUUUACCAUAGACGCAGAGUCAGAAAAGUUUAUGAGUGAUGAGAGGGUACUUGAGGCUCUCCGGAAAAAGAUCAGCCGCGAAAGGGUUGGCGUCGAGCUGGAAAAGAUGUUGAAAGGCAAAACCCCCCGAGUGGCCCUGGAGCUGAUAGAUCGCCUUGGUCUCUACCAGGCCAUCUUCAGUGAUCCGCUGCAAGGAAAUACAACGAUGCCUGACAUAUCUAGAUGGCACGUUUCGUAUAGCUGCCUCGAAGAAUUACUGCAGAAUCGCGAUCCUGGUUCGAUAUGCCAAAUCUUGGUUGACGACGAGGAGAGCACAUACCUGGCGUGGAAUCUCGCUGCUGUUAGCCCCUGGAUCCCUGUAGAAGAUCGAUCUGGACGCAAGCAGAAGGCGAAUGCUCUCCCUCCGGUUGGUAUCAUUGCUCGUGAAGGUUUCAAAGCCUCGAAUAAGCUCACGACCAUCAUGGGAGCCUGUCACAAACAUCGUGCUGAGAUACUGGAACUGAAGAAGGCGGUAUGUGAAUCUGCACCGAAAAUACACGAACGAGACACGUUCGGUAUGGCCAUCAGAAAGUGGGAAGCGGUGGGUGGAAAUUGGAAGCUUCAGGUCUUGGGAGUGAUACUGGCCGAUGCCAUGGAGCAGCUAGAGGACUUUCCUGCAGGGGAUAACAAAGACCGGGAUGAAUUUAUUCGAGGAUGGGACAAAUUCCUCAAACACCUCGCCGAGCUUGAUGUCUACGACGCUCCAAACCUGAAACGUCUUAUAGAUGGCCGCGCUCUAGCUAAAGCACUGGGCAUCUCACCAGGCGUCUGGACGGGCAAAGCUUUAGAUAUAUGCAUGGCUUGGCAGCUACGAAACCCUGGCGAAACGAAUCCCGAGGGGGCUGUACAGGCUGUAAGGGAUAAAUCCCAAGAACUUGGCAUAACACUACCAGAGUAG